AUGCCAUCGCAGCCGCCUAUUUGGCGAAGCCCUCCGACCGACGUGACCUCAUGGGGCCGCCGUGUUCACGUGAUUUUUCACGCAACCUGGCUUCACGCGGUCGCUCGCUACCGCGCGCGCGUGUGUGUGAAGGCAGUUGUUGAACUUAAACAGCUGUUUUUGUCAGUGUCACUACCUGCCCAGCAACUAAUGGACCUUAGAAUGGAGGCGGCGUACAAUUUGCAGUUGCUAUACCGCCACAACAAGAACCCGGAAAUGGCGCGGUACAUCAUGCAGAAGUACCUGGUCAUCGAGUGA